UUUUGAAGAAGAGUAAACAAAAAGCAAAAAUAUGGCCAAUUUUAAUUGGCCAACACCAGUGGCAGCCAGAUCUCGCCUCGUCUUUCCAACUGAGUGAACAGCCUUGGCCAUGGAUCGCAAUUUAUAAAAGCAACGAGUCGACAGCGUUUUCGCUGGAGUAUCAUUCGAAGAUCGUUGGCGGUUGGUAGCAAGUGGAAGUGGACUCAAGUCGGAAUAUUCAUACGAUAUAUCAGCAAGCAGAACAAUGACGCGUCUCGAGUGGCUGCUGCUCCUGGCGUGUGCCGCCAGCAUUGGAGCGGGUGUGGAGGCCGCCACAACUCAAAUGCAGAGACGACGCCGGCACAGCAUCGUUGAGAGUGCACAAGCUGCCCCUGCAGCUGCAGCUCCAGCUGGCAGCAGCGAUUGGGGAUUGGGACCGGAGCUGACAUUGGCCCGGCGUGUUUACGACGAUUGCCAGGGCAAGAACGACUUCGUUGGCUGCCUCAAGCAGAAGGCGCUGCACGCCUUGACGCGCGCCCUGGACCAGGACUCCAUUAAAAUCGUGGACGGUCUCGUGCUCGAGAAACAGAACCACAGCGACACUGAGAGCAUCAUCGGGUCGCUGACAGAUGCCAGGCAGUUCGGCAACCUAGCGCCCAUCGAUCGCGCUCUGCUCUCCAAGGCUGACAAACUAAUGCGCACCCAUGCGCUCAAAGUAGACAUGGACCUGGACUUGGACGUGGGCGUCGGUCGCGAGCAUGAGCAUAAGAAGAAGAAGCACAAAGACGGCGGRCACAUCAAGUAUGUGAUUGCUGCCCUGCUAACGGCGAUGGGCAUUGCCGGCCCGCUCGGCCUGAAGGCGCUUGCCGCUAUUGCCGGCAAGGCGCUUGUGAUUAGCAAGGUCGCCCUGACCAUUGCGGGCAUCAUAGCGCUCAAGAAGCUCUUCUCGCACGAUCACAGCGAGGAGACCAGCUUCCAGGUGCACGCCGGCGAGCACAACAGACGCAACACGUACGUCAUCAGGCCCGUCUCGAAGACAAAUGCUGGCGUGGGCGUAACAGCUGCCGGCGGCAGCUCCCCGGUGGAUCCAUAUCGCUACUACUACGAGUACCACCAGAAGUAGAUACAGAGCUCAAGUCUUUGCUCAAGU